AUGACGGCGAAGCUUCGCUUAGUUGCAGACCCAUGCUUGGGUGUGUCGGAUAUGCAAGAGUGUCUCCAGGACUUCUUGCUGGAAGCCAAGAAGCAGAAAAGCAACUUUGACCUGCUGCACUUCGUGUCCCCUCCCGAGGGAGUGGGCUGGAAAUCCAGCUGCUGUUGCAGCUGGAUCGUUUCCAUGGCACCGCUUCUGCAGCUCUUUCUUGCGAAAGCGCCAAACGGAGUCCUUCCGGGGCUCAAACUCCGGUCGGCUUUGCAGGCCUUGAACCAGACUUCAAAGCUCAACCACAGCAAGAAGACCGACAAGGACUGGGCAGACUUGGUAGAUGAAGCUGUCAGGAUGUGCCUAUCACAUCUGCGAUCCCUCCUCGAUGAGGACAAGAAGUCGCGAGCAUUCAGGAAAGUGGAUGCUUAUACCCAAGACAUUCUGCAGAAACUCCUGGAGCUUCUGCGAGUGCCGGAGAUGUCGGGUGCAUCAGCGGAUGCUGCCCCUGGGACUGCAGUGGUUCCUGCUGACACGGGCUCGUCGGUGGUACCAGCUGGCCAGGGCUUGUCCGUGGGACGUGGAUCCAGCUGCUGUGUUCGCCAGUAUCCUGCAGGGCGACUUGCCGGNNNGGCUGAAGCAUCGGCGGCGGUGGAGUCGCCGGAGCAGAAGGUGCGAAAGCCACAGCUGAAUCUUCACUCGCCGGAGAAAGGAUUCCUACCAGGGCUCCUGGAGCUGAGCCCAGAUGACCGGGACAUCUUGGUUUCGUGCCAGAAGCAGGAACCACCCGCAAAGUCCGGCAAGAAGACCAAAGCAUCAAGCAAGGCCAAAGGGGAAGCCAAAAGCAAGCCAGUGGUCGUGGAGACUGCUGCCUCGGGAAGCGGUGCUGCUGACAGUGGCAUACAACCCCAAGGGAAAGCCAAGGCGAAAGCUAAGGCGAAAGGCAAGCCGAUGAUUGCGAAGACAGAGCCGAAGGAGCCUGACACUGGCAAGCAUGGCAAGCGACAGGCCCUGCCUGAUGACAUGGUGGACCGCACAACCCGCCGGAAGCGGGCAGUGUCCAAGGCAUACCAUAAGGCGGAACUUGCCUCAAGGGCACGUGGCUUGGACCCGGAAGCAUGUAAGGAGGCUGCCCGAGCUGCGGCUCAGGAGACAGGGCGAGCCUUCGACUUGGAGCAUCCUCGCCACAAGCCCUGCAAGGAAGAUGAAGAUCUUGAUCGCAACGAGGCCGUUGCAAGCGAUGCAGUCGAGCCCGUUGGCAUGCACAAGAAGCAGAAGAUCUUGAAAAAGAAGGUCUGCAAGAAGAAGAUCUUCAAAAAGAAGGCCUUGAAAAGCAGGAUUUUGAAAAGGAAGGGUGCCAAGAGGCCGAGGGCCAUGAAGGAUGCAGAGCCGAGUGAGCCGCCGAUCGGGGAGG